AUGCGUGGAAAUGGCAGUGCCAUCGGAAAUCAAAGCGGUCAUUUUCGAGCACCGCAACAGAAUGCAAAUUACAUACCCGAUGGGACUAUGCAAGCAUUUUCCAACAUGCGGAUAAGCACCGCUCCUAUGAAUCAACCCAACUUAUCCUACCCUCCCCCAUCACUACCUCAGCAGCGAUUCGCUAGAAAUCCAAAUGUUUUACCUCGGUGGAAAGUUGGUGAUCAGUGUAAGGCGCCAUGGACGGAUGGAUCGUAUUAUCCUGCAACGAUUGUGAAUGUUGGACCAGCAGACAUGUGUGCUGUACGAUACAAUGAAUAUGGAAACAUUACUACAGUGCCUCAGGCUGUGCUCCUAUUUCCAUGA